GCGACAGCUGGGAAGGUCCCCUCCCCGCGUGCCUGGCUGGCCUCGACCGAAGAUGGCGGCGGGGGAGGUGAAGUCGGUGCUCUUCGUGUGCCUGGGAAACAUUUGUCGCUCUCCAAUAGCUGAAGCAGUUUUUAGAAAACUUGUAACUGAUGAAAAAGUUGAAAAUAAGUGGAUGACAGACAGUGCUGCUGUUUCAGACUGGAACGUGGGGCGCUCCCCAGAUGCAAGGGCUUUAAGCUGUCUAAGAAAUCAUGGCAUUGAGACAGCACAUAAAGCACGGCAGGUUACUAAAGAUGAUUUCCAGACCUUUGAUUAUAUACUUUGUAUGGAUGAGAGCAAUCUAAGAGAUCUGAAGAGGAAGAGUAACCAAAUUAAAGACUGCAAGGCCAAAAUUGAACUACUUGGAAGUUACGAUCCACAGAAACAACUUAUCAUUGAAGAUCCAUACUAUGGUAAUGAAAAGGACUUUGAAACUGUUUACGAGCAGUGUGUUAGAUGCUGUAAAGCUUUUUUGGAGAAGUCUCAUUAAUGCGUCAUCAUCUUAUUUUUAAAGGAAAAUAAUUAGCUGUUCCUGAAAUACGUAAGGUUUACUUGAUUGAUGUAUUUAAAUCGUAAAAUUAUGCCUCAGUAAGUUCAGAACCGUUUCAGUUUAAUUUUAUGGUUUAGCUUUUUUGUCAUCUAAUUAAAAAUAUAGCAAAGGUUUAAUUGGAUUAGGUGAUCAACCAUUUUGUCACACAUCAAUGUAAUAAUAUUGUAUAUCGUUCAGAAUAAAUUUAUCUGUAAACUCUUCCAGUGCUUUCUCACAAGCAUUGCGAAAGUAACAUCUUGCUUCUUUAUAGGCUAUACUAACUAAACUGAGGUCUUCUCAUUGUGCCCUUAGUGAGUUAAUUUCAGUCAGCUCUCAAUGGGAGUCAGUGAGAUAAUAGUUCAUAUAUGAUAAUAUAGCAGUGUCAUCCUAGUAUCAUUAGACAGCCUUUGGCCUGGAGCUGUUUCAUAUUGAAAGCCUGCUAGACUAAAAGAACUGGCUACCCCCAGACAGAUGUUGCUCUUAGCACUGUUUCAGAGCUUAGGCAAGCAAAAUCUGUGUGUGUGAUCAGGAUCCUGUGAAAAUGGGUUUGUGUAUCAGUUUAAAUCUCAGUCAAAGAAGAAGUAAUUUUUGUUCUAGUACCUUUUUAUACUAAUAAAGAUUAACUCAUUUCAGAAAUAGUGGUUGAUGUUAAUAGGACUUCUCUGCCUAGUCUUCCUUUGGUCCUGUGGUCAGUUUCUAGCACACUGAUAAAAGCACAUGUAACAUAGCAUUUAGUUUGUUUGAGGACAAAACAGCUCAGCUUAAAAGCCUAAAUAUGAAAUUUCAUUUUUUUAUCUCAUAGUAGUAAAAUACUCAUCCAUGCAAUAUAAUCAGUGAGAAAUUUGCUAUAAUCGGUGUUCCUAUGUGCUGUCAGACAGUACUUUCAGAUUUACUCAGGAGAAUGGAUAGCCUGUCAAAAGUGUUGUCUGAAAGUAUAGUUCAAACUGAAGACAGUCCAUCUGUAAUAUAAAGUUAACAGGCAGAUAAUAAGUAGAAAGUUCUGCUCUGGGACAAAAAAUUGGAUGUUUUGCAAAAAUCCAUGCCUGUCUGUCUGGACCUCAGCCUUCAUUUCUGCCUUUAGAAAUGUAAAUGUACUGUGAUAAGUAAGGUAACUUGAUACCAUGAUAAUUUUCUUACUCUGAAUAAUACCAACAUUGGUAUGUUAAAGCAUUACUACAUUAUCUGUAAAACUGGAUCUGU